AGAGAUUUUGAAAUAAAAAAAAGCUUAAAUCAAAGUCAAUGUUGUUGUGUUCCAUCCGCUGAUACGACGGCGCUUCUUGUCCGAUUUAAUUCGAUUCGAUGUGGCAUACUUGCAGAUUUAGUUCGAUUGCCACAAUGUGUGUAGUUAAAUUUUGUUGCUCAUGAAAUUAAAUAAUUUCGUUUUUUGUAUUUUUUUUUCUCAUCUAAUCGACGAUUAACACUCGACUCAAUCAUAUAAAUUAAGAUAUUGUUGAAAUUAUAUUUGUCAUUUGAAUCAAAGUGAAUUCGGAAAUAGAAAAUAUUUAUUCGAUUACAAAAAAAAAUUAUAAAUAAAUAGUUCAAUUCAGUUUCAAUGUCCUUAGUGCCGACUAAUAAAUUAAUUUUUUUUUAACAAAAAUUAUAUUUCGAGAAAAAGUGUGGGAUUUUCACGAACGUGCGCAUGAUGGAUAAUUCUGAUGACAUACAUCUAGUGUCGUUGCCGGGUGCUGAAGAGACGGAACCAACAACAAUUUUAGAGGAAUUAAAUCGAAAUCUCAUUGAACCGGUGGUGACACGGGCAGCCGAUAACGAUGCUAACGAAAACGAACAUGCACAUGACUUGAACAUCGACAAUGUUACAGACGUUAUAGACGUUGGGGAAUCCAAUCAAUUAACCCAAAGCCAAAGUGAAGUGACAGACGAAGUGAAUAAAGAUACCAAUCAGAUAGUUCAUUCAGAAAAAUCGUGUGAUAGUGAUCGAUAUGAUGGAAUUGAAAUUUUGAAUUUUAACUUGCAAACUGUUGACGAUGCACGGCCUGAUGAAAGACCAAGUCGAACUGAGCCUAUAGAUGAAGUGGACAAUAUCUGUAAAGAAGAUAAAAAUUGUGAUGAUGUAUUGGUCAGUUCAAGUGAUUUGAAAAGUGAUAGUAAACCUUCAACUUCAUAUCAUGACGACACUGGAAGUCUCACACGUGAAGUGAGUCCACCGCCAGUGCCAUUAGUAACAUAUCGUUGGGAGGACGUACGUAGGGACAAACAAAAGGUUCGAUUUGAAGAAGGUGGAUAUCCUUGGACUUAUCUUGAGCCGCAUGAGCCUACGGUAAUUGUAUUGAAUAAAGAUUCUCAGGAGGAAGACCAACAAAAGGAACAUGAGGAAUUAAAAUCCGAAGAGUCAAAGGAUCUCGAAGAAGUUGAGUUGAAUCGGGUGGAAGAGGAAACCGAUUUUGAAGAGAAAUUGCAAUUCGAGUCAGUACCAAAUUUUGGUCAUGAACCAGAAAAAUCUGCUGAAACUAAAAAACAAAGAUCUUUACCCAACUUUUUAAAACGUGCGUUGCCCAGUAAAAAAUUGGAUAUUCAAAAAGCUAACCAAUCACCAUCCACUCAUCAAUUAAAUUCUCCGACAAAUAGUGCUUGUUGCCAUCCAUUUGUGGAGAAACUCAAAACAAUGGCCGAUAAACAACUUCACAAGGCCAAACAAUACAGAACCACUAAGAAACAUUCGUUGCGCGACGACGAACGAAUCGAUCUGAGUGAGCCUCAUCAAAUAUUGAAACUGAAAGAAUCGCCCAAAGCUGAUCGCAAAGAAAUUGCUUCGUACGUUGUCAAACAAGACAGUGAUGAUGUUCUUGAAAUAAUUGAUUUGGACGAAUCACCAAGUGAAAUUAGGCGCAAUCGCGAAGAUGAACGGUCAACGAUAGUUUCUCCGGAUGAAAUUAUAGAAUUGCCGUUGAGCCAAGAUACGGCCAACGACGACAAGACAGAUGUCGAAUCCAUUGAACCAACAGCUACAGAAAUUUUAGAAUCAGAAGUGAAAAAUACUCCGCCUCUAAAGUCGCCCAGAAAACAGAAGGAACAUGUCUACGAAGAAAUUGAACCGCCACAGAAUGACUCACAAGAAAAUGAUCCAUUGGUGGAUGAAUUUAUAUCACAUCUUUCGCUUCGAAAAGAGGAAGAUAAAGCCAAUAAAUCUGACGACGAAAUCAUCUCUACAAAUGCUCCCGAAUCAUCGAUCGAACCGGAAACAGAUCAAGAUCAAAAGCCACCCAGUUCAUCAAUAGAAUCAACUUCAGAUGGAAAAGAGAAAAAGAUAGUUCCAGACUCCCAGGAAGACAGCGAGCAGGCGAUUCAGGAUCUGAAAGUCAGUGAAAAGUCGGACGAGACUAAAGAACCUGAGCUGAAAUCUUUGUUGAAAAGAGAAGCCUCACCAUGCUCUGACAAGAAGGUUACAUUUUCGAUGUCUACCGAAGAGAAUUCGGACGAACCACAUCGAGAGGACGUAGAUCUACCGGAACAUGUAAAAAUAAACAGCAAGUGGUCAAAAAUGAGUGACCAUGAGUAUGAGCCGAUUGGCGAAUCCAAUGACACAGUACCUGUCGAUAGUGCUUCGUCUCUGCAAGACUCACCUCCUCAAUUAUCACAUGAAUUGAAGACCGAAACCCAAGAAGACAAUUCUGCCGAUGCUGCUAGUAUAACAUCACAUGAGCGUAAAUUGCUUGGUGCCACAAAUGCGAUUGACGAAGAAGGAGAUUUGCAGCAAGAUCACAUUGAAGAAGGAAUUCUUGCUCCAACACCUCAGACGGACCACUCUCGAAAUGACGAAAUAUGUACAAGUCAAGUAGAUUCCAGUGCCAUUGAGGAUUUACCAUUAAGACGAGAAGACCGUAAGAAAAGUUUCAUGGCUAGUACUUCGGAUAAAACGCGCAAUGUUCAACGAAAACUGCGUAAUCAAGCUGGUCGUUUGAAGUCCAAAUUCAAAGAAAUGCAAAAACCGAAGCAAGAGGACAGUCCCACGUCAGAACGAAAACGGUUCCGUAGUCCCGAAUUUAACAAAUUGAAAAAUAUCAAGAUGCCCAAAAUCAGUAAACCAGAAUUAAAGAGACCGGAAUUCACCAAAUUUACUACUCCAAAAUUCAAAAAACCUGACUUCAAAUUCGACGGCUUCUCUUCACUGCGAUUGAACCGUAAAAAAUCGACAACAGAGCCCUCAGAGUCCAUUUCGGGUGAAUCAAAAAUUACCCGAACCACUGAAGACACCAUACCAACCAAGAAACGAUUUGAUUUUGGUACAUAUCCCAGAAUAUUCGAUCGCAUGAGACGAGAUAAUCGUAGUGGCGCUAGUGGAACGACAAUAUCAAGAGAUACCGAACCAGAUGAAGAAUGUGAUCGAGUUAAUGUGUCGGGACCAAUUCUAUUCUCCACUGUACCCCGUUCUAAGAAAGAUAAAAAACCAAUCAGGUCAAAGUGGGCAAGUGGUCCAUCGUAUGCUGACGACGAAAAUUCUAGCGGAAAAUUCAAACAUUACAGUUUGGAUCGAGAAAGUUCAAUCGAAAAAAGAAUGCGAUUUGAUUUCAAGGAUUCAAUCGAUGCCGAGGAUGAAGACGGCGAGCGAGGCAUAUUGCAGACUGAAGAACAAAAACAGUAUGCCGAUUACGAUAAGGAAAAUCGUGCAAUUCAUCAAAUAUCGCAGGCCAAAGAAGGUGAAUUUAGGCAAAGAAAACCAUUGGUCCAUCAAGAAUCAGAUGUGGUGUCGGAAGAAAGUAAUAAAGAGCUAGGCUGGGUAGACACAGAUCAUUUGAGGAAUCGUUUAAUGGCACAAAGUGGUGAUUUGGAUAUCAGCCAAAAGGAAGAUUAUGUGAAUGAAGUUUUGCCAGAUCACUUAUCCACACAAGAAACUCAAUCUUCUGGAAGUUCGAGCAAUCGGCGACGUAAGGGUGUGAUUGAAGAAAUCGACGAUGACGAAUUCUUUUUACGAAAGAAGGGAAUAUCACAAGAUGACAUUCAAAUCGGAAAGUAUAUUAGCGCUGCUAUACGUGAGGGAUUAGACACACCGGUCAAUGCUUUGGCACAGUUGGCUCAAUAUGAUAACUACUAUGACGAAGAUUUCGACAUUAGCAACGAGCGAGUUGAUUACGGGUACGAUGUACCACCCAGAAAACCCAGACGUGUUAGAGACUUUGAAAAAAGUUUAUCGAGUGAAUUCAACGACAACAGUGGAAUGGCAUAUAAUGAUGAAGCCGAUCACGAUGAGGAUGUAAACAUAUCUCCAGAUGGCCAAUUCUUCCAAACUUAUCCACCGUCGAGACCACGUAGAAAAACUCGUAAACAACAAUCUGAAGAAAGUCACGACGAACAUGAAGUACCAGUUGCUGCACAAUACUAUCCACAUACUGACGAUGAUGAGCAUUCAUUCUAUGAAAAUAAGCAUAUGGAAGGAAUUGAACAGCCCGACAUAAAGAUUACAUACAACGAAGAUACCAACUUGGACAUCGAUUAUACGCCGAACGAGGGCCAGACACCACCGAAGGCGCCAAAACGAAGGAAACAUUUAUUGCGCGAAUCAGUCGAAAGAGAUUCGCUGGCUAAUAAUUUCGUUGGAAGAUCCAUAUCAAAUAGUUAUUUGACCAAUGAAAAUGCUGAGGAGACAGUUGUUUUUAGAACGGAACAUGAAUACGUUCCAUUGGUUCAACCGGAAACAUUUACCACACCAACGCCAACUCCACGCUCGAGAUCGAAAGCGUCCCCUUUAACCGAUGACGAUCGUACAUCACGGGGCGCUGAAUCUUUGGCAUUUGAUGAAACCAAAUUCUCGACUGAUUUGAAGGAAGUUAACGGUUAUGCUGUCGUGAAAAAAGAACCACCACCUCGUCCACCAGCACCAAUUCGUAGAAAGCGAUCAACGCGUUCGUUGGGUGAUCGUCAAUUCUUCACGAUGCCUUUGCGAAGAAAUCAAAAUGAUUUAGUUCCCGAGCGUCCUGUAAGGAAUUAUAGUACAAUUGGCCCGACUCGACCAAUUAGACCCGCCAGACGAGUGUCUUUGAACAGUUUAGAAAAACCUCCAUCUAUCACCUCCGAUGCAACACAGUAUGAGGAAAUCGAAGACAUCAAUCAUUUAGGUAGUGCUGAUCACAGGGAUAAUAAAACCGAUCAGAAUUAUAAAAUGAAACACAGACCGUUGCCGCCGCCUCCGAGACCACCACGAGAACGAAAACAUCGAAAAUCGUCCGAGUCUGACGGUAAUAAGCUUGAUAAAGACGGAGGUGGUGAAAAAAUCACAUCCAAAAAUUUACUGGAGGACAUUUCUCGUAUUUCAUCGCAAGAUAUGGAAGAGAUUGAAGAAAUGGAACGUUCUACACAGACCGAUCCACUGCCUGAUGAUUAUUUAUGCGAAGAAUUUGAUAUCAACAGUGACAUGCCAAUUAUAGAACCGUCUUUCCAUCGUCACUCGAAAACACUGGAAGAUAUUUUAAAAGAAGAGCAACAGGCUGAAAUGGAAAGAGCGCGUCAAAUCGCUGAUGAAAAUUCGUUAACCAAAGGAAUCCAAAAAUUCCGUGAGGCCAAUCAACGAUCGCUAUCAGAACGAUCGCGCGGAUCAACCAAUGAUCGACCAAAAACCCCCAGUAGUCGUCCAAUAACCCCAUCAGCAGUUAUUAUUGAAAAAAAGACCAAUCUGUCCACCAUCGAAACGGAUGCGCAGCUUAUAGUUCAACCGGUCGAUGAAGAUGAAGUUGACACUACCACUAACAUCUCUCAUCGAAAUCGUUUUUUUGCCGAAGAUACCGUUGAUACAGAAGACGAAAGGAUUGUGAACGAGGCUCUGAAAAGAUACAAUUUACUGGACAGUGACUUCAGAGACUCUUCACCCCAACGAGAUAUUGAAUUAAAUAUCCGUGAAGUCGAACCACCCAACCAAACACAAACGAAUGAGGUACCCCAAAUUCCAUUGGAAGCUCCACCACAAGCCCCACCUCGUCGAAAGUCGUCAUGUACUGAAUCAACGGUUGUUCCUAUUGCAAAUGAGAAUGAAAAUGUACCAAUCCCAGAAGAAGAUCACGCCGAUAUUGAAAGUCACAGUGCCACAAUGAACUUGUUGCCUGGUAAUAGGCUCCAUAUAAACGAACUAGAAGUAGAACAUUUAAAUGUCCAUGACCUGCAAGCCGGAAGAAUUCUCGUUUCAGAUCUUCAAGCCAUUGCGAUGUCCUCACAAGAUAUAGAAUGUACAUCGGGUGAUUUAAUAGUGAAAGGAAUCAAACUACCACCUGGGUUUCUCGAAGAAUUGAUAAAUCGUGCUCGGACUUCAGCAAUCGACGAACAUCCUACGGAACACGAAACAUCCAGCCAGCUGGUACAAGAAUCGAAUCAGCAAACGUCGAACGUUGUACCGCUGACAGAACAAAAUCCGAUCCCAGCAAAUGAACAACCUGAAGAGCCAGAACCACCUGCCAGACCUCCUCCACCAAGAUCACUAUAUCCGUCCGAUUAUGCUCCAUAUUCGUUACCGCCUCCGUCAUUUUAUCAAUUACGAUCCUAUCCAGAUGAAAUAGAAGAAGUCUUGCCGCAUUCACCGACAACGAUGCAUAGACAACGGAGACGCUAUCAUCGUAGACGCGAUUCAACUUCAGAGGAAGAGGAGCAGCGUGAACAUCGUCGCAGUCGUCAGCACAGUAACCGUUCUCCUGAACCAUCAAUCGGUGAUUUAAGCGGUCAGUUAAUGCGUGCAUGUGGAUCUGCGAUUGGACGCGGAGGCGUCAAGUUGUAUGCUCUCAUGAAAGAAAGGAAGCAAGAAAUGAAACGUAGAGACAUCAGCAUUGGAGUGGCAAUAUUAAUCUUUGUUGUAGCAUUUUUGAUGAUGAUUGGAAUAAGGGGCGAGCGCACAGUACACCACCAUCACUGGGACUAUUGGAAUCCGCCCGGUAGUUCUGGCCGACCUUGAACUAUAGUUGUGGCGUUUGUGGUUUAAGUUGUGUUGUUGCAUUUGAUAACAUUUUUAUUUUCGAUACCAUUUACCCGAUUUAUUCGUCAUCUUAUUAUACGUUUGAAUUAAUACAUUUUUUCGUUGUCUAUUUUCAUUAUUUGUAAUCUCAAAGUUUUAAUUUAUUCAGUUUAUUUACAAGAAAUAAAAGAAAUUCUACCAAAAUCACAAA